UGCAUCCAGAAACAGCUGACAGCAUCCUCAGCCUUUAGAUCUCUUUUUUCCCUUUUGUCACUAAACUCUAGUGUAUGUAAGACUAGAAGUAGCGCAGAAAGCCGGCUGCUUCUCACGUCUGCUGCUUCCCUUCCCUCGACCUCCCUCCACCCUCUCACUCUCUCUCUCUUCCUAGCUCACACACAUCCUAUCACAUCCACACCCACACCCAAGGAUACCUCCUUGCUUCCCUCUGCUGUUUCUCUCACGCCGGUCCUCUUUCUCUUUAACCCUCUACACCUGUAAAUACGUAUUUCUUGUUAUUUCCUCAGAGGAAGAGAUGCUUGCCUGACCUCUUUUCUUUCUAUUGAAACACUUCUGUGGAUUCUCUUCUUUUUAAUCGAUCCCUGCUCUGCCACUUUGUUGCUACCUGUGGAGGUUCUCUGGUUCUACUUCAGCCUGCCGUCUCACAGAGUAAAGCCCCGCAGAGAGGCACCAUGCUGGGAUUGGACGUGUGUGAGUUUGGGGGUCAGGUGCUGGAGCUGCUCUGGCUAACUAUGUGCUACAGAGGUCUGAUUGCUGAAAAGAAUGACUUGCCCAUCGAGGAGGAAGAUGAUGAGCGAAAUCUCAACUACAACCCUCCAGCUCAAAAGUCCCUGCAGGAGAUUCAGGAGCUGGACAAGGAUGAUGAAAGUCUGGUGAAGUACAAGCAGACCCUGCUGGGGCCAGAAGCAAUGAUGGCAGACGCCUCUGGUCCUAAUGUCAAGGUGACCAGAUUGACCCUGCUGUGCGAUGAUGCUCCUGAACCAAUAACUAUGGACCUGACAGGAGACCUGAUCGCUCUGAAGGAGAAGAGCUUCUCCUUACAGGAGGGAGUGAAAUACAGACUAAAGAUACACUUCAAGGUGAACAGAGAAAUAGUUUCUGGCCUGAAGUACCGUCAAGUGACCUACAGAAAAGGAGUGAGAAUGAACAAGGCGGUGUACAUGGUAGGAAGUUACGGCCCACGCGCAGAGGAGCAGGAGUUUCUUUGCCCGAUCGAUGAGGCAGCUAAAGGCGUGAUGUCCCGUGGCCAGUAUCAGAUCAAGUCCUGCUUCACUGAUGAUGACAAGAACGUCUACUUAUCCUGGGAGUGGAACCUCAAUAUCAGCAAGGACUGGAAUUAAUCAAUUGGGAGUGUAUGUGUGUGUGUGUGUGUGUGUGUGUGUGUGUGUGUGUGUGUGUGUGUGUGUGUGUGUGUGUGUGUGAGAGAGAGUGUGUGUGUGUGUGUUAGAGAGAGAGAGAGUAAUAAUUCUGCUCUCUUUCCUUCUUUCACGUCUAUUCUUCAUCCCCUCUUGUCUCUGUCAUCUUCCGCCACAUUUCAUGAGAGCUACCUUGCAGUGGCCAAAACAAGAAGUUUUCUAACUCUUCUCUUCCACCUUUUCCCUCCUUUUCUGUUUAGUGCACUACAUGCAGGCCUCCAGAAAACCACGAGUGACUGAGACUUUUAGAAAAGAGAAUGCCCUCUUUCUCUACUAUUGUUCAGAGUUAACCAUAUGCUGAAAUCUCCCUUUCCGCUUGCUUUCAGUUCCUUCCUCAUGGCGUGUGUAGGCAAGUAAUGAAAGGGUGUUUAAUCCAUUCAAGGCACAAAUCCAAUAAAAUAUAAACAUGGCAAAAUCGUUUUUAUAGCUGAAGGGAAACAAACUCCAGAGACUGCUGUUGUGUCCAGUAAGUAAGGUGGAUUUAUUCUUUUUUAUUUUAUCAUUAUAGAGUUAACUGGGACAAGAUGUCCUGAACAGCUUGCAGCACACAUUAGAACAGGUUUUUUUAUAGCAACAUCACAACAACAGUCACCUCUAAGUGCUUUAUAGUGUAAGGUAAAGACGCUACAAUAUUAGAAAGAAAAUCUGACCAAUCAAACAACCCCUAUGAGCAAGCACUUGGCCACAGUGGGGAAGAAGAAACUCACUUUUAACAGGAAGAAACCUCCUGCAGAACCAGCAGGAGGGAUUUCGGAUUCACACAUCAGAGCAUUUCAAGUUUAAAAAGCAGAGAUACAGACAAAAGCGAAGAUGAGAGGGGCAGGCACAUGCCGGUGAUAGAAAACAUUGUUUGGUCCAUUCACAGAGUGAACUCAGCAGCAGGGACAGCUCAUCGAGGCAAUUAAGCACCAGAUUAGCUGAAAAAACCUCAAAAUCACAAAGUGCACCUGUGGUACACUUUCCUCCUUAAAAUUAGGGUGACUUACACUUCAAGAUUGUAUCUCACAUUUCUGCUGCAAAUGGUUGAGAAGCAACUACAGAAAUAUAAACAACUCAGAACCAGUUUAGAGUUUUCAUCUGUUUCUAAGUAAUACAGCGGCUGAUGUCUGGGUGUCACUGGGUGGGAGAGAAUAGGCGUGCUUAUAACAUGUGGGUUAUAACAGUGUCAUAUACCAAUGAGGGACAAGAUCAUUGUUUACCCUGUCCAUCCCUGAUUUAAUAGAAUAGAAUAGAAUAAACCUUUAUUAUCCCAUGGAUGAGAAAUUUUGGUGUUCGGUGUUUAACAUUGUAAGCUUAAAGGA